AUGGUUGGCGCAGCUGUUCCCCGGAGACAUGCCUUCCCAGUCCUGAACGACCAAUUCUUUGUCGAUGAGGACUACGAAUUCGUCAAGGAAUUGGGCCAAGGUGCUUAUGGCAUCGUCUGUUCGGCGAAGAAUUCAAAAACUGGAAAAAGCGUGGCAAUCAAAAAAGUCACCAAAAUCUUCACAAAAAAGAUAUUGACUAAACGGGCGUUGAGAGAGCUCAAGUUAUUGCAUCAUUUCCGAGGCCACAAAAAUAUCACUUGUUUAUACGACAUGGAUAUCGUCAACUUUGAUUCAUUCAACGAGGUCUAUCUUUACGAAGAGCUGAUGGAAGCCGAUCUACAUGCCAUUAUUCGAUCAGGGCAACCAUUAACGGACGCGCAUUUCCAGUCGUUCAUUUACCAGACCCUAUGUGGCCUAAAAUAUAUCCAUUCGGCCUCGGUCCUGCAUCGGGAUUUGAAGCCAGGAAACUUGCUCGUCAAUGCGGAUUGCGAGCUGAAGAUAUGCGACUUCGGCUUGGCCCGCGGCUUCGAAACCGACCCGGCACUAGCCCAAGCAAACAACCAGGGCUUCAUGACCGAAUACGUGGCGACGCGAUGGUAUCGUGCUCCCGAGAUCAUGCUCAGUUUCCAAAACUAUACCACUGCCAUCGACAUGUGGUCCGUUGGCUGUAUCUUGGCAGAGUUGUUGGGCGGCAGGCCGAUUUUCAAAGGCCGAGAUUACGUCGAUCAAUUGAACCAGAUCCUCAACUAUCUGGGCACCCCAUCCGAGACGACCCUUCGAAGGGUAGGAUCACCACGUGCGCAAGAUUAUAUCCGCUCGUUACCAUACAAAGAGGGGGUGCCGUUUGCGGAGCUCUAUCCGGGGGCGAACCCGGAGGGCUUAGACCUGCUGAGCAAGCUGCUGGCAUUCGACCCGUCCGAGCGGAUCACGUGCAACCAAGCCCUGCGCCAUCCGUAUCUGAAGGUCUGGCACGACCCCGAGGACGAGAUCGACAUCAAGGAGAAGUUCGACUUCAGCUUCGAGUCCGAGGACUCCACCGAGGGCAUGAAACAGCUCAUCAUCAACGAGGUCGUCAGCUUCCGCCGAUCCGUCAGACCCAACCCCGUCCCCUCCGUCCCCACCCCCUCGGCGCCCCUCCCCCCCUCCGAACCGGCCCCCGCUGCAUCCGCCUUGGGCCCAGGCCCCGGGUCCAGUCCUGCAAGCCAAGCCAAAUCCUCGGGAUCUGAACACCACAAAGCGCUGCCGAUUCCCUCCCGCGAAGUCGUGAUGAGCUCGCCGACUAACACGGCUGCAGGGGCAGUCCCCGGGACGAGCGGGUCGACGGCGGCGCCGAAUGCGACGCCUGGCAAGGAGCCGGCCGAUGGCCCGGUCAUCAACAGUCCGGUCGACGACCAUCCCGCCCAAGACUUGGACGCCGAACUCGUCGCCCGUGAUUUCUAG